AGCUUCCGCCGACGUGGGGGUGAAGCCGGCCUCCGCGCCCUGCAGCGACCGCGGGCAGUCGCUGCAGCCGGCGCCCACCGCACGGCGCGGUCGGCCGCGAUGAGCAGAGGGCCAUUUUGCGGCGCCCAUUCUCAUGGUGACCUGCACAGCCUGGACAGACAUCAUCGAGGACCGCACCGGGGCGAGGAGGAAGCACGGGCUGCCCGCGCGGUACAGCAAGGGCCGCUUCCUGGGCAAGGGUGGCUUUGCCAAGUGCUACGAGGUGCAGGACAUGGAGACCAGAGAGAUCUUCGCCGCCAAGAUCGUGGCCAAAGCCUCCGUAGCGAAGCCGCGGGCGCACGCGAAGCUCAGGUCUGAGAUCGCCAUCCACAGAUCGCUGGACAACGACAAGGUUGUCAAGUUCCACGACUACUUCGAGGAGGGAUGGAGAUAAUGAGUACGUGUACAUCAUCCUCGAGCUCUGCCCGAACCAAACGCUCAACGAGUUCGUGCGCAGGCGCCCCAGCAAGAGGCUGUCUGAGGCAGAGACCAUGUUCUACGCGUACGAGCUGCUCGUCGCCCUGAAGUACCUGCAUCGGCGCAGGGUGAUCCACAGGGACCUGAAG